AUGAAAGUCAAUCCCCUUCAAAAAUUUGAAGAUGAGCUGCUGGAUAAAGUAAAAGAGUGGUUGGAUGAUCCAAAAACCAAUGAUGUGAAAAAGGAUGUAGCGACUUGCGAAGUAGGGAAUGAUAUGUUUGUUAGAGUUCUAACAAGGUUGACAUGGCUUGAAGACACUGUAAGUCGUGCAAUUCAUUAUUCAUUAUUAAUGUCUUCGCGAGUGCUUCAUAAAACUCCUCACAACAGGCUUCUUCAAGUCGUCUUAGUUCAUCCUCAGAUACCUGGUAAUACUGGAUGCAUAGUCAGAACCUGUGCUGCAUCAGCUGUUGGACUUCAUCUAGUUGGGCCAUUAGGGUUUCAAGUGGAUGACACAAAGCUAAAACGUGCUGGAUUAGAUUACUGGCCCUAUGUAGUUGUUAAGGUACACAAUUCGUGGGCAGACUUCAGAAAUUUCUUCAUUCACCAGGUUCUUCUUGGUUCCCCAACCUUGGUAGUAGAUUUGAAGAUCGAAAUAAAUAUGUUGUUAAUUGUGUUUGUGUAGAAAGGAGAUAAGUUUAAUAUGUAUUUUGAUCAAU